CAUUGCCGGAGGAGCGCUCAUGCAAAUAUUUGCUGCUCAGUUCUGAUCUCUGUCUUUCAUACUGUAUAUUGACAGUGCGGUUGGAGAGUGGAUCGAAGCGCACGGCAACACCGAUCUCUUACUGAACUUCCUGCGAAACUUCUUUUUUUGGUUAUUUAGCAACUCAUGAAUUCCCCGCGUGGGCUGAUAUAAACCUUUCAACUAAAGGACCGAGCGCGUCUGCUCAGAUAGGAGAGCGCAAUGUCUGAAAUGUCAAGUUUUCUGCAUGUUGGGGAUAUUGUCUCCCUGUACGCGGAGGGCUCGGUGAAUGGCUUCAUUAGUACCUUGGGAUUGGUUGAUGACAGAUGUGUGAUAGAACCAGGAGCUGGAGACCUUGAAACUCCUCCCAAAAAAUUUAGAGAUUGUCUUUUCAAAGUAUGUCCAAUGAACCGCUACUCAGCACAAAAGCAAUACUGGAAAGCAAAGCAAGCAAAGCAGGACAAAGAUAAAAUAGCAGACAUUGCACUGUUACAGAAGCUGCAGCAUGCAGCUGGGCUGGAACAGAAGCAGAAUGAAACGGAAAAUAAAAAAGUACAUGGAGAGGUGAUAAAAUAUGGCAGUGUGGUACAGCUGCUGCACAUGAAAAGCAACAAAUACUUGACUGUGAAUAAGAGAUUACCAGCUCUCUUGGAGAAGAAUGCCAUGAGAGUAACUCUGGAUGGCACAGGGAAUGAAGGCUCCUGGUUAUUCAUUCAGCCAUUUUGGAAGCUAAGGAGUAAUGGAGAUAAUGUGGUGGUUGGGGACAAGGUCGUAUUAAAUCCAGUCAACGCUGGACAGCCAUUACAUGCAAGCAAUUAUGAGCUGCUUGACAACGCAGGCUGUCAGGAGGUAAACUCUGUGAACUGCAACACAAGCUGGAAGAUAAAUCUCUUCAUGAAGUACAGUGACCACAUAGAAGAUGUUUUGAAAGGGGGUGAUGUGGUAAGGCUGUUCCAUGCAGAACAGGAGAAGUUUCUGACGUGCGAUGAAUACAGAUCAAAGCUGCAUGUAUUUCUGCGCACAACAUUGCGUCAGUCUGCUACCUCAGCGACGAGCUCAAACGCACUCUGGGAGGUUGAGGUUGUCCACCAUGAUCCCUGCAGAGGAGGUGCUGGCCAUUGGAACAGCCUCUACAGGUUCAAACAUUUAGCUACAGGCCAUUACCUGGCAGCUGAGGAAAAUUCAGCUUACAAGGGAGAUGCCCCUGAUUCAAAAUUUGUGCAGGGAGAAUCCAGAACCUUAAAUCGAAGCAGCAAAAGAAAAGGAGGGGACAACGUUAGAUACAAACUAGUGGCUGUGCCCCAUGGAAAUGACAUUGCAUCUCUGUUUGAACAGGAUCCAACUACUCUGCAAAAAACAGAUUCAUUCGUUCCCAGGAAUUCGUUUGUGAGAUUGCGGCAUCUCUGCACCAAUACGUGGAUCCAGAGCACAAAUAUUCCUAUUGAUACCGAUGAAGAAAGACCAAUAAGAUUAAUGCUUGGAACCUGCCCAAGCAAAGAAGACAAAGAAGCCUUUGCCAUUGUCUCUGUUCCAGUUUCAGAAAUUCGGGAUUUGGACUUUGCAAAUGAUGCCAGUAAAAUCCUAGGGACAAUUGUUGAAAAGUUGGAGCAAGGAACUUUAAAUCAUAAUGAUCGAAGGUUUGCAAUCAAGUUAUUGGAAGAUCUUGUUUUCUUCGUUGUGGAAGUUCCCAAUAACGGUCAGAAUGUUCUAGACAUUGUCAUGACAAAACCCAACAGGGAAAGGCAAAAACUGAUGCGAGAACAAAACAUCCUGAAGCAGAUAUUUGGAAUCCUGAAGGCUCCUUUUGAGGAUAAAGGAGAAGGUCCUAUGCUAAAGUUGGAGGAGCUGGCUGACCAGAAGAAUGCCCCAUACCAGUACAUGUUCCGACUCUGUUACAGAGUACUUCGGCACUCACAGGAUGAUUACAGAAAAAACCAGGAACACAUUGCAAAGCAAUUUGGAGUGAUGCAGUCUCAGAUUGGUUAUGACAUUUUGGCUGAAGACACAAUUACAGCUCUACUCCACAACAACAGGAAGCUGCUAGAAAAGCAUAUUACAAAGACAGAGAUUGAAACCUUUGUCAAACUGGUGAGGAAGAACCGAGAACCCAGGUUUUUAGAUUAUUUAUCAGACCUCUGUGUGUCAAAUCAUGUCGCCAUUCCCGUAACCCAGGAGCUUAUUUGCAAAUGUGUGCUGGAUCCACAGAAUGAAGAUAUUCUCAUAAAAACUGAAUUGAGGCCAGUGAAGGAGAUGUCUCAAUCUCCAGAGUAUAUGAGUAUGGAGUACUUUGAAGAGGAAGUUUGGUUGAUCUGGACAGACAAAAUGAAUGAAGUCCAGGAGAAGAGCAUCAGACAGUUAGCUCAAGAGGCCAGAGCUGGUAAUGCUCAUGAUGAAAAUAUCUUGACUUAUUACAGGUAUCAGCUGAAGCUCUUUGCUAUGAUCUGUCUAGAUCGUCAAUAUUUGGCAAUUGAUGAAAUUUCCAAGCAGCUGAGUGUGGAUUUGAUAUUUCUGUGCAUGGCAGAUGAAACGUUGCCAUUUGAUAUACGAGCUUCUUUCUGUAAUCUGAUGUUGCACGUCCAUGUAGACCGGGACCCCCAGGAACUGGUAACACCAGUGAAAUUUGCUCGACUAUGGACUGAAAUACCUACAACAAUUACUAUCAAAGAUUAUGAUUCCAAUUUGAAUGACUUAAGGGAUGACAAGAAAAACAAAUUUGCUCAUACAAUGGAGUUUAUGGAAGAUUAUCUCAACAACGUGGUGAAUGAUGCUCUUCCAUUUUCUAAUGAGGAAAAGAAUAAGCUCACAUAUGAGGUGGUCAGCUUGGCCAGACAUCUGAUCUAUUUUGGUUUCUACAGCUUCAGUGAGCUUCUGCGACUGACCAGGACACUGCUUGGUAUUAUUGAUUGUAAUCAAGAUGCCAACAUUAUGGAUGCAAUGGAGCAUGAUGAGGGGGCUGGGAAAAGUAUGAAGAAGUCAAUCCAUGGAGUUGGACAGAUGGUAUCCACGAUGGUUCUAAGCAGAAAACAGUCUUUGUUUGGUCCUGUUCCACGUCCCAGUGUAAACAUGGAAGCCCAGACAAAGCCAAAAGAUAUUCCUGACAGUAAAAACAUCACUGUUAUGGAUACAAAGCUGAAAAUCUUGGAGAUUUUACAGUUCAUCCUUAAUGUCAGAUUAGACUUCAGAAUUUCAUACCUGCUGUCAGUCUUCAAAAAGGAAUUUGUUGACAGCAAUCCUAUACCAGAGAGCACGGCUGAUGGCGCCAUCGCUACAUUUAUGGAGUCGACAGUCACGACAGUAAACCUGGAUCGUAUUGGCGAGCAAGCAGAAUUAAUGUUCGUGGUUGGCAAAAACAGCAGUCCACUGGAGGUGGACGAUGAGGGAGGCACAGUGUUCCUGCGAGUACUCAUUCACCUGACAAUGCAUGAUUAUCCACCCCUUAUUUCUGGAUCCCUGCAGCUUCUUUUCAAACAUUUCAGCCAAAGACAGGAGUUGCUAGGCACUUUUAAACAGGUCCAGCUUCUUAUAUCACCUCAAGAUGUUGAUAACUACAAAGUGAUCAAAUCUGAUUUGGAUCGCCUGCGUACAAUGGUGGAAAAGUCCGAGCUCUGGGUAGACAAAAAGAGCAGCAGAGGAACUGAAGGAAAAACAGCAAAAUCAGAGGAGCCUGGUGAUGAUGCAGCUUUGGAGAAGACAUUAGGAGGGAAAAGUAGCGGGAAUUAUCAAGAUGUCAGAGAGAUUUUAGAGCGGCUGAAUAAAAUGUGUGGUGUUGGAGAACAAGUUAGGAAGAAACAGCAGAGGCUGCUGAAAAAUAUGGGGGCUCACAAAGUGAUGUUGGAUCUUCUGCAGGUACCUUAUGACAAGAAUGAUGUAAAAAUGUGUGAGAUUUUGAAGUACACUCACCAGUUCCUUCAGAAAUUCUGUGCAGGAAGUCCUGAGAACCAGACUCUUCUUUACAAGCACCUGAACCUGUUCUUGACUCCAGGGCUCUUGGAAGCUGAGACCAUGCAGUACAUCUUCAUGAACAAUUACCAGCUCUGUUCAGAAAUAAGCGAAACGGUCUUACAGCAUUUUGUGCAGUGCUCAGCAACUCAUGGCCGCCAUGUGAAGUAUCUGGACUUCUUACAUACCAUAAUAAAAGCUGAGGGAAAAUAUGUCAAAAAGUGUCAAGACAUGGUGAUGACAGAGCUGACUGGUGCGGGUGAUGAUGUUGUUGUGUUCUACAACGACAAGGCCUCGUUUUUGACCAUGUUGGAAAUGAUGAAUGCUGCUAGAGAUGGUGUGGAGGAAAACAGCCCCCUCGCAUAUCAUAUUUCGCUGGUGGAAUUGCUUGCAGCCUGUGCCGAGGGCAAGAAUGUUUAUACAGAAAUCAAGUGUACCUCACUGUUGCCUUUGGAGGACAUUGUACGAGUGGUCACCCAUGAAGACUGUAUAACAGAGGUGAAAAUAGCCUAUGUUAAUUUUGUGAAUCACUGCUAUGUGGACACAGAAGUGGAAAUGAAGGAGAUUUACACCAGUAACCACAUCUGGAAGCUUUUUGAGAACUUCACAGUGGACAUGGCUAGGGUUUGUAAUAAAAGGGAGAAAAGGCUUUCAGAUCCUACUAUGGAGAAAUAUGUGCUGACUGUUGUCAUGGAUACCAUCAGUGCGUUCUUCAGUUCACCAUUCUCUGAAAACAGCACGUCACUGCAGACACACCAGUCUAUUGCUGUGCAGCUGCUGCAGUCCACAUGCCGGCUUCUGGAUUGCUCAUGGUUGCAACAGCAGCAAAAGCCUUCAGUGGAAACCUGCAUUAGGACACUAGCUCUGAUGGCAAAAAAUCGGACAAUACCCCUCCCAGCGGACCUGGACACCCAAGCUCACACUUUGUUAAACAAUCAGUCAUUGGCGUCUCAGAGAAAUGCUCCAAACUGGAAAGCAAGCACCCGAGCUUUUCCUCGCUCUGCGUGCACACAGCAGCAGUGGGACUACAAGAAUAUCAUCGAGAAGCUACAGGACAUUAUAAUAACUCUGGAAGAUCGGCUCCGACCACUGGUGGAGGCUGAGCUCUCUGUUCUUAUUGAUGUCAUGCAUAGGCCGGAACUUUUAUUUAUGGAAGGAACAGAAGCCAGGCUGCGAUGUGAAAGUGGAGGAUUUAUCUCCAAGCUAAUUCAGCACACAAAGAAUCUCAUGUCAACAGAAGAGAAGCUCUGCAUUAAAGUUCUCCGCAGCCUUCAAGCAAUGUUGGUCAAAAAAAACAGCUAUGGAGACCGGGGAAAUGAAUUAAGAAAAACUCUUCUGAGCAGCUACCUUUGUGGCAAAAAAUCAAACUCGAAAGGCGACUCCAGCGAUCUGUGUUUUGGAGAUCCAGAUAAGAGUCAAGACUGGAACUCAAUAGUUCCUAUCCAGUGUCGUCUGGACAGAGAAGGAGCCACAAAGCUGGUUGCAGAUCUCAUCACAAGCUCCAAAAGUGACAAGAUUUUCCAGGAGAGUGUUUUAUUAGCCAUUGCCUUGCUAGAUGGAGGGAACACAGAAAUUCAGAAUUCCUUCCACAGUCUUAUGACUGGUGACAAUAAAUCAGAAAAGUUUUUCAAAGUGCUUAACCAACGCAUGAAAGUUGCUCAGCAAGAAAUCAAAGCAAAUGUUUCAGUCAACAUGAAUGACCUGGGAGGCAAAGUAACAAAGAAUGACCUGCACGAGAAAACAAAUCCUAUUCCUGGAGCUGGUCACAAAGGAAAAGAUGUCCACCAUUUUUUGGCAACUGCUCACAACAGGUCACAGAUGACCAUAUCAGGAGAUGCUGAACAUGGACAAAAGGAAGCUGAAAUCAGCCCAGCGGUGGCAAUAAUGCGACCCAUCCUACGGUUUCUACAGCUCCUGUGUGAAAACCAUAACAGUAACCUCCAGAAUUUCCUUCGCUGUCAAAACAACAAGACAAAUUACAACUUAGUCUGUGAGACUCUGCAGUUCUUGGAUAUUAUGUGUGGAAGCACCACUGGAGGCCUGGGGCUGUUGGGACUGUACAUCAAUGAACAUAACGUGUUACUUAUUAUUCAGACACUGGAAACACUAACAGAAUACUGCCAGGGACCAUGUACUGAAAACCAGACUUGCAUUGUAUCUCAUGAGUGUAAUGGCAUUGAUAUUAUCACUGCACUGAUCCUGAAUGAUAUCAGCCCACUCUGCAAGUACAGGAUGGACCUAGUACUACUGCUAAAGGACAAUGCUUCAAAGCUUUUACUUGGACUCAUGGAGAGUAGGCAUGACAGUGAGAAUGCAGAGAGAAUCCUCUUCAAUAUGAGGCCCCAGGAACUGGUUAACGUUAUAAUUAAGGCUUACCACCAAGAUGAAGAAUGUGACAAUUCAGAAGUUUCCCCAAGAGAUGUGGGACACAACAUUUAUAUUUUAGCCUUACAGUUGUCCCGUCACAACAAACAGCUCCAGCAGCUACUGAAGCCAGUCAAACGGGUACAAGAGGAAGUGGAUGAAGGUAUUUCAAUGCUUAUGCUGAACAACAUGCAAAUGCUGAAACCACGUCAUCAGGAGCAACACGAAGAGGAGGACCCCUUGACCUACUAUUCAAACCACACAGCACAAAUAGAGAUUAUUCGGAAUGACCGAAACAUGGAACAGAUUGUAUUCCCCGUGCCAAGUAUUUGUGAAUAUCUAACAAUUGAGUCAAAGCACAGAGUGCUCAACACCACAGAGCAGGAUGAACAAGGCAGCAAAGUCAGCGACUUCUUUGAAAAGACCAAUUUUUUGUACAACGAGAUGAUUUGGCAAAAGAAACUCAGAAGCAUGCCCCUGCUCUACUGGUUCUCCAGGAGGAUGUCACUUUGGGGCAGUGUCUCUUUCAACUUGGCUGUGUUUAUCAAUCUGGUCAUUGCCUUCUUCUAUCCAUAUGCAGAACCUACUUCAAUGGGGGCCCUGGACUCAUCUUUUCUCUCGCUUGUUUUUUGGGGUGUAAUAUGCUUCUCAGUAGUUUCUUUACUUUCCAAGAGAUAUGGCCUCAGACCAUUAAUAAUAGCAUUGAUAAUUCGAUCUAUAUAUUACAUUGGAAUAGGCCCCACCUUAUUAACACUGGGAUUACUUAAUCUCAUCAACAAAAUAGUGUAUCUGCUUAGCUUUGUGGGCAAUGGUGGGAAAUUUAUCAUUGGAUACAAGGCCAUGAUAAUGGACAUGGCAUUCCUUUACCAUAUUGGAUACAUAGUGACAAGUGUGCUGGGGCUCUUUGUGCAUGAGUUUUUCUACAGUAUCCUGCUGUUUGAUUUGAUCUAUAGAGAAGAGACUCUGUUCAAUGUCAUAAAAAGUGUUACACGUAAUGGCCGCUCCAUCCUCCUGACAGCUGUGCUUGCCCUCAUCCUUGUCUAUCUCUUCUCAAUCGUGGGUUUCCUCUUCUUGAAGGAUGACUUCAUUCUAGACGUUGAGAGGUUACCAAGCAGCAAAACAUCAGGUUUAUUUGCAGUACAAGGAAGCACAGUAAAGGAUUUCAUUAACUCAUGUGCUGCUGAUGAUGUUCAUUGUUCUGCAGGCAUCCAAGACGCUGAGUCACCAGAUGGGGAAGAGAGUGACAAAGAGCGUGCCUGUGACACUCUAUUGAUGUGUAUAGUAACAGUAUUAAAUCAUGGUCUGCGUAAUGGAGGUGGUGUUGGCGAUAUACUCAGACAGCCUUCAAAAGAUGAAGCUCUGUUUCCCGCCCGUGUUAUCUUUGAUCUGCUCUUUUUCUUCAUUGUUAUCAUCAUUGUAUUGAACCUGAUUUUUGGUGUUAUCAUUGACACGUUUGCUGAUUUGAGAAGUGAGAAACAAAAGAAAGAAGAAAUCCUGAAGUCGACCUGCUUUAUCUGUGGCCUUGAGCGAGACAAGUUUGACAACAAGACAGUAUCAUUUGAAGAGCACAUUAACAAUGAACACAAUAUUUGGAAUUAUUUAUACUUCAUUGUACUGGUUCAUGUCAAAAAGAAGACUGAUUAUACAGGUCCAGAGAGCUAUGUUGCUCAAAUGAUAAAGACUAAAAACCUAGAUUGGUUCCCACGCAUGCGUGCUAUGUCCCUGGUCAGCAAUGAAGGAGAAGGAGAACAGAACGAGCUUCGAAAUCUACAGGACAAGCUAUUCUUAACAAUGAAGCUUGUAACAAACCUCACAAACCAACUUACAGAACUCAAAGAACAGAUGACAGAACAAAGGAAACGCAGGCAGAGAAUGGGAUUUGUGGAUGUACAAAGCAACUCAUCAAACACAAACCAUCAGAUGGCUAAAGCGUGAUAAGUUCCACUGCACUACAACUAACUCACAUGUCACUGCCUAGGAAUGUUGUUAUUAUUGACGUCUUUCUUCACAAAAGAUAGCUGAGUGAUAGAUUAGAAUAAAACAAAAUAUUUUAGAGUUUUCUCUGGGACUGUGGAAGAGAUCUUAAAGCAAGGAAACUACAUUUGCAGACUGCAUAUUGGUUAAAUAAUUUGUAAAUUAAAAAUGAGUGUAGUUCUUGGGGAAGGGAUGUGGUUUUAUAUAAUGGGUCUGGUGAUGAUGUCACCGUGCAAUACUUUAUUUUAAAAAUAUGUGAUUAUUACUAUUUUCCUACUGUGGGUUAUAUAUAUUUUGAAAGUGUGUGAUGUAUAAAGUCAUUCAUUUCUGUGUUUUACGUUUUGGUAAAAUUGGAAAACUUGAAGAAAUCUACUGAUUACCUGCCUCAUGCAGGGAAACAUUAUCACUAUGAAACUUCCACUACUAACCUCCUGUGUAGGUUGCUGUAACAUGUUUUGAAUCAGAGUCAUUAAACUGCAGUGUCAACCCACAGGUUUAAUGCUGGAAUGGGAGACAGAACAAUAUCGCCUCAUAAUUUAAUCAGCUCGAGCUCCUCAUCCCAGAAUUGGACUUGUAUAUUCAUUCUCAGUAGCCAUUUAGAAAUAAAUACUUGGAACGUACACAGUGCCAGUGUUAAUAUUUGCUAUAUUCACCAAGAUGCACUGGCUACCACACUACCACUAAAAAUUCUCAGAAUGUGGAAUCUACAAGAAAUCAAUGUCCACUUGGCAGAUGACAGAUUGUUGGAUUCUAAUAAACUUUGUUCUAAAUUGUU